AUAAUAAACACAUAAAACCAUGCUAAAGAUACAUUGUAGGCGUCAUUUAUGGGUGAAAUAUGGUUGCUUUGUGUGCAUUUUCAUCACAAACGUGUUUAGUGAACUUAUUAUUUAUAAGGGCUACAGUUAAAAAACACGGUGGUUGACUCGACGGCUCAACGCUCGAUAGUAAAAUGUAUAAACAUAUUAAUCAUUUAAUAGAUUAUAUUACUGCUUUUGUUGAUAACGAUAAAAUUUCCCUUAAAUAAACACUAUUGACCAAAGCACACAUAUAGAUAGUCGCUUAUGAAAUUUACUCCUAUUCCGCCUGCUCAAUAGUCAAUGAGCCUAUUUGAACGCUGUUAUACCCAAGUUAACAAUCCAACUUUGUGACAUAGUUUUCGCUCUGAGCAACUAAGAUGCUUAGUAACAUCAAAGAAUUAAAGCAAACUGCAAAGCUGAGCGUGUUACAGGUGGCGUCAUUCCAUGUUUGUUUGUAUGCACGCCUGCUAUGUGUACACAUACAAGCUGAAGACGAAUCACGUGACCUAGUUUUUUUUGUCUUUCAGGUAAACGGACGCGAUUUGACGUCUGCGAGUCACGAAGAGACUAUUGAAGCUUUCCAGAACGCCUCGGAACCGAUUUUGGUAGAAGUCCGACGAAAGUGCGAACUUGCCCAGAUGAGACGUCUAACGUCGUCUAAAUCGACGCAAACCGACGAAAAUUUACGGUUCGAUUUAAGUCUUCUAGAUGCAACCUAUUCGAAUGCGAAACCAAAUGUCAUAAAGAAUGAAAUCACGCUUGACAACGGUAUAGAAUGUCUGGACGACCAACUGGACAACGUAGAAUACGAGGAAGUAAGAUUGAAGAGAACAAGUAAAGAGGAAAAGAUUGGUCUAACCUUAUGCUACGGUUCUACUGAUGAAGAUGUAACAGAUAUCUAUGUGGGCGAGAUCGAAAAGGAUUCAAUUGCUGGACGAGACGGCCGAAUAAAAGAGGGAGAUCAAAUCCUACAGAUAAACGGCGUAGACGUCCACAGUCGAGAAGAAGCUGUUAAGUUAUUUGGACAGAGUAAAGCAGAUAUUUGUCUACUCCUUGCCAGAGGUUCUAAUAUGGAAGAGACGAUUCUGGAGAAUAGUGACUUUGAAAGCCUUCUUCAGAACAACGACUUGAGCGUUCUUCUCAGACAGGCUGACGACAGUACAACGGACACUGCAACUAAGGACAGCGGAGUUGGCAGAACUAAUGACGAAAGUUCAGAAACUGAGGAAAAAGCUUCUCCUCAUCGUAAACCAUCCAUUGAACGAGAAAUUGAAGCUUUAAAUAAAGAAAUGGCUGAAAUCGAACUAGAAUGCCAGGAAAUAGUAGAAGCACACACCAAAUCAAAAUUAACUGCUAAUACAAGUGCGCCACCUGUUGUUCGUUCUCCUCGCCUUGUUCCUCGUAUGGGUACUAGACUAGACUACAGCCAAAAGUCACCUCCUCAAUUACAACUGAAAGAUAAUAUACUUCGGUUGAAAGAAGAUAAAGAAAAAGACACGGAGAAUAAUAAUGAAAAUCCCCUUCCCCUACCUCUUCCUCCUCCUACUCUUCCUAAUCCUCCUCCUCCUCUGCCGCCGAGAAAGAAAUUACCAAAGUCCAACUCUAGCAACUCUGUUCAAUCUCAGACUCCUUUGGCGGCUGUAAAUGAUCAUUAUUCUUCGAUUCUACCAUUUACCGAUGUUAUGUAUACAAAUGAAGCAAAUUUGUAUCACACCAUUGAACUUCAGCAAACACUAUUCCAACAAAAGUUAGAGCGCCAUCUGCCGAAAAAAAUCGAAGCAACAACAACAACCACUACAACAACCGCAACCAUAACAAAAGAAUACAGUCCUAUCCCAACGCCGCCUCCUCCAGCCCCAACUGACCAAAUGGAAUGGGUUGUAAAAAUGCGGGCUGAUGGCACAAGGUAUAUUGCCAGACGACCAGUUAGAAAUAAAAUCCUUAGGGAACGAGCUAAAAGAUUAAAUUUAGAGAGAUCUGGUCUAACAACAGACGAUGACGCCGUUUCAGAGUUAAAAUUAGGCAGAUUCUGGUCAAAAGAAGAGCGGAAGAGGCAAUUAGAAAAGGCGAGAGAGCAUAGAAGGAGGAAGCAGGAGGCGGCCGUUCAUACGAGGAAAGAGACUGCAGAAAUUGUUCAUAUGAGUCAUAGGAAGAUGCUUCGACAUAAAGGAAAGAAAAUUUUGGACGAUUUUACAACAAUUCAGGAGGUGUUGGCACACGGCGCCAGAACAACCGACGCUAGAACAUAUAAUCCCCUUUUAUCCGUUACAACUGUAUAACUAACUAUUUUUGGGUGACAUGAUGAAGUACUUUGAUAAAUCUCUUCUUCAUAUUCGAAACAAGAAAAAUAACAUUAGCCAAUAUAAAUAACGCGAUCUAAAUCAGCUAUAAUGUGAAACUGGACAAUUUUUACCGCUAGAUGGCAAUAGUUCAGCUUUCAAUAUUUCAGCAUAGCUCUCAUAGUGAAAAUGAUAAGAAGAAGAAGAAGAAGAAGAAGAAGAAUAGAGGUGGAAAAAAUAAACGAGCCAGCACAUACGACUAAAAAUUCAAAAUGAUAUUACUAGUUAAAAAAUUAGAAUAUAACAAAAGGGAUAAAUUUUAGAUUUGAACGCAAGCGUUAAAUUAAUCAAUAAAUAAACAAAAUGGUUGAAUACUUCUUGGUUGAAAAAUAUCCAGAAUUUUCACAGAACUGUUAUACUUGAUAGGAAAACAAAAAAUAUAUGCUGCAAUCAUGGUAUUUCAUCAAAGAAAAAGAAAAAAAAAUGAAAAAAAACAACUGUCACGUCUAAUAAAUUACAAAGUAAUAAUACGGCGUUAUUUGUACAGCUCAAAAAAUUGUAUUUAAUAUUUAAUAUAAAGGAAUAUUAUUAAACAACAAAUCAAUGCUUUAGAUGUGAAAUAAAACUAUUUUAUAUUACGAAAAUAUCGUUUUUAUUCCUUAAUUGAUAGAAACUUUACGAAAAACUUAUUAAUUAUCGAAAAUAUAUAUUGAAAUUAAUUAAACAUGAUGCUCCUUCGGACGAGAGGUAAACCGUUACGAGAAUACAAACCAACAGUAUCGCAAUUUUAUAUAUUGUACAUCUUCUCUUUAAUUUACAAUGGAAAGAAGAAUAAAAUCCUAUUAAAACAGUAACGAGAAGUAUCAUUUUCGUAUAUCUCAGUAAGAUGGAACAUUUGGAAGACUUUAUCGCUGCAUUUGUAACAUUUCUCUUUUUCAACCUCCUCUCUCUCCUUCUUUUCUUCUGUUGCCUUGACGCCAAUCUCUUCGAUAACUUCCACGCAAUAGUCGUUGUUCGAACGUUAGAUCUCCUCGUUACUCUCUGAUGUUUAUUAUUAGCACUUAUGCUAUGUUUCGGUGCAACUUUUUUAACAUUGUUGUCUUUAAUUGGCUUUGAAAAAAGUACAGUUGCGUUACCAUAUUUCGUUAUUGCGCAAUAAUACUUUGUUCUCUGAUAGUGAACUGGAAUUUGAAUUACGUACUUUCCAACAUUACUCUCUAUCUGUAUUUUUAUCUCGUUGAUUCCUACGCGUAUCUCACUUUUACUUAUUGUAAUACUUGGUCCUAAAAAUCCGUACAAAACGUAGUUCGAUAAAUUGUUAAUGCUAAAAGUUAUAUUAACAUUCGAGAAUGGCUUUCCAUUUUCGUACGGAGAUUUCCCUGUUCUGAAGGUAGGCAUUGGAGAUUGGCCAUCGGAUGAAUGCCAAUAAAAUACAUAUUUAUCCUUAUUUUUCAUAUGUGCAGCAUUGUAACGUAACACUCUUGAAUGAUAGAAUGAAUAUUCGUAGUUGUUGAAAAACGCUGAAAAAUGUUUGACUACUUUCGAAUUGACUAUUCCAAGGUAAUCCACUAAAAGUAUAAGUUGCGGGUGAAGUGUUAUCAUUGACCGAUAAUAGCGUUUAAUACCCAAACUUUUAGGAUAUGCUCCUGCAGCUUCUCCACUAGUAAAUACGAAAUUCUUCAACAUUCGGCUAACAACUAUAGACGCUUGUGAGAAAACAACGUCCUUUUCAUUAAAAUUAAAGAAAUGACCGCAUUCUCCCAAUUGGCCAAUCCACGGAAAUGUACAACUGCGAGGAGGAAAUUUUUUACUGCCUUUCUCAUACUUGAAGACAAGAGUAUUUUCGAAAUAUGUCAACUUAUUUUGAUGAAAUCCUCCAUGCGAUAUAAAAGUCUUAUUAUUCAUAACGAUCGCAAGACUAUUCUGAUUUGGAUGUUCGUAAAGUGGACGAAAAUGAGACCAGCCGCUCCACCAGUUUAUUCGUCCAUUUGCCAAACCACUCACUAAAUGACCGUGUGGAGGAGACGCCUUGAAGGAGAUGUGUGUAGCGUGUCUGUUAAAAAAGCUAUGGGAUCUGUAAGUCGAUACUCCCCAAUCUUGAAAGAUGUGAUGAUUUGGUAUUUGAGUUGAAACUCUUUUGCUUGUAAGAACUGGAUCGAACCAUAACAAUUCGGUAAAAAUUGUACCCAAACGAUCUCGAAGGUAGCGGGAAUGUGACCUCUCGCUUCUUAUGAGACCGGCCAUAAAAGUUCCCUGACCGUUCUUCAUUGCAAAAGUAUCGAUAAAAAGGAGUUGAGCUUCGGGACCGUAUAACCAAGAUAAUUGGGAAUCUCCAAUGCAAAUAGUUCUAUCUCUACUUGGUAGAGUUGUAUGAUAAAAUAGAUUCAGUUGAUUACGUAGCCAUCUAUUUGUAAAAUGAUGCUUGAAUUGAAAAUGGCGAUUAAUCAAAAAGAUAUACUGAGUGAGACUUUUUGUAAAAAGGCUAUUAGACGAAACGCUCUCGCCAUUUGUUCCAUCGCCAAUGCCUUCCAACAAUUUUAUAGAAUAUUCCAUCUUCUUCAUACAAUCCAGUCUCCAUUGUCGGACAGAAGGUUUAUGUUUCUCUAGAAAGAGGCUUGUCACGAAUACAGAAACAAUAUUCGCUGUUGAGUUACUUUGUAUUAGAUCGUUUCCCCAGGGUUUUUUAUUCAUAUUCACGUUUAUUUCUUUGAGUGUAUUGAAUAUUCUAUUUAUGUACACUGUUCUUUCGUCGGUCGUUAGCGAAUUCCAUAGGAAAUCAACAGCCAAAGUAAAGCCCAGCAUAUUAUUGGCAAUUGGAAAAUCGUUUGAUAACUGCUUCGUAUAUCUCCAAGAGGGAAUGUUGUUCAUCAGACGAAUAAAUGUUUUAGUGAACGCUAUGGCUUUACCGUUUGGUUUCAAGAGGCAGUAGAAAGCUAAAUCUAUUAGAUUAUUUCCAUAAUCUUCGUUCCAUUCGGAACCGAAUUUUCUAAUGUUGGCCGGAGGUAAAUAAACUUUGCUGUUGUUGAUUAUUCUUUGUGCAGCCUUCUCUAACUUGUGAAAAAUGACCUUAUGGGUUGACUUUAUAGACUUUUGAAGAUGUCUUACGUCCGUUACAUUAAAGAACAAGAACGGAUGGUUUAAAUGUCUACUAGACCUAUUGAAACCUUUCAUAUAUGUCUUAAUAUUAGUAUGAAAAUUAUCUAGUAGUCUUGCAUAAGGUUCUAUGUUUGAUUGAUAAGCGUUUAGUUGACAUUUUCCUUCUCUUAAAUGAACAUUAAUAAUUAUAUAGAAGCAUAGAAAAGAGAUGAAAGAAUUCAUUUCUGUCAAAAUAAAGAAACAAAAAGAUAUUAAUCUUAGAGUAAAGUAAAACUAACAGUAAAUCAUUUUACCUUGCACUGCUAUGUGGCAUAAAAGUAGUUUUUAAGGUUAAAUAAAAGAAUAUUCAAGAAUACAAAGAAAAGGGCCUAUACUCAAAGAAUCAAUACGUCUUGAUUGUUGAGAGGGAGACAGGGUUUUCAUAUUUUAGUUCGUCAGCUAAUACUCUCAAUCAAUGGGGCAUGUAGAGAGAGGAAAAGGCAACAAACUCAGAAGAUUUUUAGGCCUAAUCACUAUCUUUUGUUUGAACAUUUAAGGUUAUAGACUCAUUCAGAGAAUAAUAUUCUCUAGAAUUUACAUUAAAUAGCGUUUCAUGUUCAGAAAUCUAGGAAAUAGACUUUAAACAACUCCAAACACUUCAAAUAAUUGUAUUAAAACAAUUAUAAAUGAAUAUAAAGUCUUUAUAAAACUUUAUACGAAUUCAAUUAUUAUAAAAGUAGUCAACAUUAAUGAAAAAAAAACUGUUUAAAACAUAAAAUUCUUUAUUUCCUUUAUUUCUUUUACCAUAAAAUUAAAU